CUGGACGUUCAUUUCAAGAUAAGAUAGAACUUAGAAAAACUUCAGAAGCAGUCACCCUAUAACAACGAAACAAUGAUGGAUAAAUAUCACUGGCUCCCCUUUUAUGCAAAAUGUGGAUGAAAAAAGCUCUAAAUUUAAUAAAAGGAAACAAAAAACAGAAAACGAAGCGUUGGCUGGAUAAACACCAGAGUUUUCUAAAGGACUAUCUAGAGAGUGCACCACAGAGGAGGCUGGAUAAACUUGGAGUGUAUUUAAUAGAUACAACGCUGUUUGCAACCAGUAUCACAAGCAGUCUUAAUAUGCUAGACCAACGACACACAGAAGUAAAACGACAGUUACCUCCUAUUUCACCAGAUGUUUUGAGAGGAUCGGAUGAAGCUUUCCUAUUUAUGGAAUUGGUUAAAGAUAUCUCAGAUGAGCUGGACGUCGAUAUGCUAUGUCAUAAAAUUUUACGGAAUGUCUCUGUUCUUACCAAGAGUGAUAGGGGUAGUCUGUUUCUAGUCAGAGGAACGGGUGAUAAAAGGUAUUUGGUCCCAAGUUUGUUUGAUGUGACGCAAACGACAACAUUCGAAGAAAGCGUUGCUUCAGAAAAACCUAACAUUCGUAUUCCACUUGGAAAGGGUAUUGCCGGAGCUGUCGCACAGACCAAAGAAACUAUUAAUAUACCUGAAGCAUAUAACGAUCCAAGAUUCAACACAGAAGUGGACAUUAAAACUGGGUAUCAGACACACAGCGUCCUUUGUAUGCCGAUUUUGAAUAAGGAUGGCGAAUGUAUUGCAGUAGCUGAAAUCAUUAACAAAUGCAGCGGGCCGCCUCACGAGUUUACUCAGAAGGACGUCACCGUGUUUCGUCGCUAUCUGAUGUUCUGUGGAAUUGGACUAACAAAUGCCCACUUGUUCGAAAUGUCGUUAACGGAAUAUCGUCGAAAUCAGAUACUGCUGGAUCUGGCGCGACACAUCUUUACCGAGCAGACGAACCUGGAGAAACUGAUUGAGAAGAUUUUGAAGGACGCCAAGAACCUCUCAGGCAGCCAGCGAUGCUCAGUGUAUCUGUUGCAAAAUUUCGAGGAAUCGUUCGACGGAUAUACUGACGUUGGAUUUGGUAGACGUGACAAGGUAGACGGUAGGUACGAGAGAGAAUACAAAAUCGCCGAUGCAGUUGUGUUCUCAACCGUGUUUGAUUUGGAAACCACAGAUGACAGGAACGUUUACACCAUCAAUACAAAGCCGGAGAUGUCUGUAGGUGUCGCCAUAGCACGAGAUGUCAUAGUCUCAAAAAAGGCCACCCACAUAGAGCAAAUCGAGUUGCAGUCUAAAUACGCAACAGCCGAUUUCGCAAAGGACAACGAUGUUCAAACGUGUAUCACGACGGUACCGAUUUUCAACAACAAAAAACAGAUUAUUGGUGUGAUUCAACAUAAGUUUGCUAAGGAUUCGUUCGAAGAAGAUCACGAAAUGAUGAUCGAGGCGUUCUCCGUGUUCACCGGUCUCGGCAUCCACAACUGCAUCAUGUACGAGCAGGUGAGCACGCUGAUGGCGAAGCAGAAGGUUGCGCUGGAGGUUCUGUCGUACCACGUGGCCGCGCAGCCCGACGAGACGAAGAGCCUUGUCCAGGCGGACAUCCAGUCAGCGCAGCACUGGAAUCUGUGCUCUUUCACGAUGGACGACAUUGACCUGGACGAGUUGGAACUGGCCAAGGCGGGCAUUCGCAUGUUUCUCGAGUCAAAAGUGCUGAGGAAGUUCAAGGUGCCCUAUGCCGUCGUCUGCAAGUGGAUCCUGAGCGUGAAGAAGAACUACCGCCCGGUGAUCUACCACAACUGGCGGCAUGCGUUCAACGUCUGCCAGAGCGCGUUCUCCAUGCUCUACACGGGCAAGCUGGUCCGGCAGUUCGACGACCUCGAGGUGUUCGCCUUCCUCGUGGCUUGCCUGUGCCACGACCUCGACCACAGGGGCACGAACAACGCGUUCCAGGUGAAGGUGGAGUCGGCGCUGGCGCUCCUAUACAGCACGUCGGUGAUGGAGAACCACCACUUCAACCAGUGCGUCAUGCUGCUGCACAGCGAGGGCAACAACAUCUUCGCCUCGCUGUGCUCCACCGACUACAGGACCGUGCUCGGCUACGUGGAGCACUACAUCCUGUCAACAGACCUCAUGCGCUACUUCGCCAGGAGGGACGAAUUCAAAGAGAUCCUCAAAAAGGGCGACAGAAACUUCAAAAAGCCCGAGAGAAAGCAGCUGCUUUCUGCCAUGAUGAUGACCGGCGCAGACCUGUCGGCCAUGUACAAACCGUGGAGCAUCUGCUUCAGGACGUCCAAGCAGGUGGUGGGCGAGUUCUUCCACCAGGGGGAUCUCGAACGCCAGAAACUCGGCAUGGACCCGGUGCCCAUGAUGGACAGGAAGAGGCGGUCCGAAAUGCCCCGCCUCCAGAUGAACUUCUUCGACUCGGUGUGCUUGCCGCUGUACGAUUCCCUCUCCCAGUACGAGCCGCGGCUCCGGCUCCUGUACGAGAGCUGCUCGAGGAACCGCGCCGAGUGGAACAAACUGAUCGGCGCCGACAUCGACAUCGACAUCGACAUCGACCCUAACGCGCCGUCUUUGUCGACGAGAACGAUCCACCCUCUGCCCAAGUUGCCGAGAUGAAGACUCGUUCUUAAUCCUUAUUAAUCUUCUGUGGGGAAAGUGAGGAAGAUGGGUUUUUUUCCUUCCCCAAAACGGGAAGCAGUCGCAUAGAAGAACAGUGGUGACAGGUUCUGUUUGACAAACAAAGAGGAAUUGGUGUAGGCUAGGCCAGAUCAUUGUGGCAAGGCAGACGCGAUCAGCAGUAGGAACCACAACUAAUUUUGUUCCAAAUAUAUACCUGUAUACUGGAUCAUGAUUAAGUUUCACAGAAACAAGAAUACCCGACAAAGAGACGCCAUUGUAAAAUAUUUAUUAAAAAACAAAAAACAAAACCCCCUCAAACUAACAAACCAAAUGAAAACUUUACGACUGCCGUAAAGCAUCUGUAUUGAAUUAUUAAAAAAAGACGGAGAGAGAGAGGGGGUGGGAGAAGAAACAAUUCCUUUAGUCUUGAAAAUAAUAUUUUACUGUAAUAUCAUGAUCAUCUAAAUUUCACCCCGCUGAGAACGAUAUUAAUAAUUCAUUAAAUUUUGUGAAUGUUUGAUAAGAUGUCAAGAGGGUCGAUUUGCAGUUUUGCACUCGGAAUCUGUUAGAAUCCAUUUUGUUAUUAAGUAAAAAUUUGUGACAGAUUCAUUGUGGAUAUUCUUAAAUGUAAUUUUGUUUUGCGACUGUUCGUUUGCAAGUCCCCCCCCCCCCAUGUUUUGCGGGGGGGGGGGGGGCAGGACUCCACCCACUAUAAACUUCGCUCGCCAGUCUAGGCCUCCCCCUCCCUGCACGUAUACUCAGGGCCGGAUUUAGACCGGGGGGGGGGGGGGGG